ACUGCGCAUUGACAAAGUACCGGCACCGGCAAAAAGACAACUUGGAGGCAACUUUGACAGCUCCUUUCAUAAUUUCACACGAUUGCACACGGUUUUUCGUGUCGUUAAUUAUUAUUUCUAAGUGAAAAGGAUGUGAAAUAUAACCUAACUUUUAAAACGUUCGACAUUUAACGGCUUUUUUAAAUGACAUAUUGAACAGGAGGUGUUUGUAGUAUAAUAAUAUAGUGAAAAGAAUUAAUUGGUUAUGGAUAACUAUUCUGUCAUCACAUCAGACUUCGUUAAUCUGAAGAUAACGAACUCUGGUAAUUCUUCAGUAGUUGAAAGAAGAUUUCAGAAAGGCAUUUCUGUCGAUGAGUUUAAGGGGAAGCUUGAAUUACUUACAGGAGCUAAUCCUAUGACGUUGUCAUUAGAGGUUUAUGAUAAGAAUGACACAAUUACUUGUAAACUUACGGAAGGUUCUCAUCUGCUAGGAUCAUAUCCUAUCGAUGAUGGCAUGAGAAUUCAUGUAAUCGACAACUUUUCACGCACGGAGGAAGAUUUGUCCAAGGUUGAAAAAUUUGAAAUAUCCGAAGAGGAUUAUUCUAAAAGAUCAGACACAGUAAAGGCAUUUCUGGCAAAAAACAAAUUAGGUAAAUAUAAUGAAGAGGAACUAAAACGUAAGGCUGAAGAGAAAAUGCGUGAAGAAGAAGCAGAGGAAGCAUUAGCUAAUAAAUUGAAGGUUGGAGAUCGUUGUGAAGUUCAUGUCCCUGGUCAGCCAAAACGAAGAGCCACCAUUAUGUAUGUGGGUAAAACUGAGUUUAAAGAAGGUUGGUGGGUUGGAGUAAAAUAUGACGAGCCACUUGGAAAAAAUGAUGGGACUGUAAAUGGAAAACAGUACUUUGAGUGUCCGCCAAAGUAUGGAGGAUUUGUGAAGGUGAAUCACGUAAAGGUCGGAGAUUUUCCUGAAGAAGACUAUGACUUAGAUGAGGAGCUUUAAAUUAAACAAUUCCAAGGCAUUUGAAAAAAAUUUCUUUUUGUUUGCGAGUUUUUUUUUUAUACACGUUUCUUUAUACAAUUUUUGUAUUAAAUACAAACACUUGCUUGAUUAAUACUUCCUUCGCUUUAUUAUAUCUGGGCGCCAAUUAAUAGGAUGUGUUUCUUCCGUCUGAAAAAGAUUAACAUAUAUUUAUUAAACCACAUGACACACAGACUAGUGACUUCUAAGAUUUAUUUGUAAUAAUUUAAAGUAAAGAAUUAUCGGCAAUUAUAA